AUGGCUGACCCCAACUUCGACCCCGAAGCAGAGCUCCUCCCACGACGCUCAGACUCAGCUGGACUCGGGGCAGAUCAAGCACUGGCAGGCGACCAUAGCGUGCGCACAGCACCUGUGUUUACGAGCGAGGCGCUGGCUGUUCUUGGUGAGGGGGUGAUGCCGCAGCGUGCGGUUUAUGGGAGUGUUUUGUCUGCGCAUGGAGGAGGAGGAACUGGAGGAGGAGCAGGAGCAGGAGGAUUGAAUGACGAGGAAACGAUGAAGGGGAAGGAAGGGAGUAGGCUGUACAUGAAUACGAAUGCGCCGUUUAGUGCGGUUGUUUGUGGGCUUCAGGGCUCGGGCAAGAGUCAUUCGACGUCCGUGCUCCUCGAAGGCUGUCUUAUUCAGGACCCGCGUCUCGGCACACUUCCUGCGCCUUUAUGCGGUCUUCUGUUUCAUUUUGAUUCGGCUGCCGGGAGUGGGUAUGUCCAGCCUUGCGAGGCUGCGUAUCUUGCUUCGAUGGAUGCCGUCCGCGGGGGAAAGGCGAUCGCGCCGGAGGUGACGGUGCUCGUCAUGCCUAAUAGAGUUGAAGCGAUGAAGCACGUCUAUGCGAAGCUUCCUGGAGUUAGGGUCGAGGCGCUGCGUUUUGCGUCUGGAGAUAUUAGUGGGGAACGGUUGUUGGCGAUGAUGAAAGUGGACGAGAAUAAUCAAAUGCCGCUCUAUAUGGAGCUCAUCCUCACUCUCUUGCGAGACAUGGAAGUUUUCGAUUAUAAUCAGUUCAGAGUGGCGCUCGCGCAGCAGAGAUUGAAUGGGUCACAGAAGUCGAUGCUUAACCUUCGUCUUGCGUUGCUUGACUCGUGUCUGAAAGGCGGGGACGAGAGUAAUUGCGUCACGAGGUAUUUCAAGCAGGGGGCGUUGACGAUCGUGGACCUUUCAUCACCUUUUAUAGACUCGUCGUCAGCAUGCGGGUUCUUCGACAUCAUACUCAGUUUGUUUGUCGAGGCUGAGGUUAAGACCGGGAAGAUAAUAGUGCUGGACGAAGCUCACAAGUACCUCAGUGACACGGGCCACUCGUCAAAGCUUACCGAGUCCCUCCUCAGCAUCAUCCGCCAACAAAGACACCUGAAUGCCCGCGUAGUCAUAUCCACACAGGAACCGACCGUCGUCCCUUCGAAGUUCCUCGAGCUUAGCUCGUUCAUCAUCGCGCACCGCUUCUCAUCGCCGAAAUGGCUCCAGCAUCUGGCGGAACAUGUUUCGGCUGCUCAGGGCGUGAAGGACGAGAUAUUUGAGAAGAUUAUUGACCUUCAGACGGGCGAAGGCAUCAUGUUUGCACCAUCCGGCCUCGGGGUGAAGUCAGAUUCCUCGAGCACUGGCAGAAAGGUGGUGGCGCCUUUCGGACAAGGCUACCUUGUGGUCCAUUCUCGACAGCGAAUCACACGCGAUGGUGGCCAUUCUCUUCUUGCGGUCCACGACACAUCUACGCAGACCCGAAUCGGCCGUGUCGCGGCACUGAGGGUCGUCCAGCAGAACACGGGCGUAGACUCCUCUCAGGAGAUACAGCCAUAUCACGCAGGGAGCUCCAAUGUGGACACUGCCAGUCUGAGAGAAGACGCAUAUACUCGCUUUGUGCGCGUAGCUGCACAGAGGGUUGUCCGGCAGAACCUGUUCGCAGAGUCAUCCCAAGGGAUACCGCCGUAUAACGAAGGCAGCUCCAGCGUGAACACUGCUGGUCUGAGAGAAGACACGCAUACUCACUUUGGGCGUGUAGCUGCACCGAAGGCCGUUCACCAGAACCUAUUCGUAGAGUCGUCCCAAGAGAUACCGCCGUAUCACGCAGGGAACUCCAGCGUGAACACUGCCGGUCUGAAAGAGGUGGAUUUCUUCGCGAUGGGUGACCUCAGGCGUAGCUUGACCGACAGUUUUAGGGAAUAUCCUGGAGGGUCUUUCUCUGCAGGUCACGCUAAUCAUGUGUCCCAGAGCGAAAUCGUCGAUGCCUCGGAUCCACCUUUGCCAAGUGCAGAACCAUCACAGCCCAGCUCCGCUGAUGUUGUUCUAGUUCCGGUCACGUCCGUCGACCAGAUCGUCAGCAAAAAAGCCUUGAAAGACUCUGCCGCUCGCCUACCGACGAACACACUCUUGGAAUACGACAUCCAUGUCCCCAUCAUUCUCGUCAUCCUCAAAGAACUUCGGGAACAGGGGAUCUUCCUCGUCUCAUACGGCAAGUUCAAAAAGUAUCUCAAGGCGCGAUGUGGCUACUUGGAAACGACGAACGCUGUAGUUUUAAAGAAAUUUUUAGUAGAAGCGUCAAAGGAAGGGGAGUUUCUGUUUCUACGGAACGGUACGACUUAUCUGAAGCUACCUGAUCAGGAAGAGAGGCGUACUUAA